GACGAAAGGAAAAAGAAGAAAACAAGCAGACACUAACCUAAAGUUUGCGCAGUGUUUACGUUUAUGUCAUUCGUUGUCUCAGUGAGGGUGGAAAACAACUGUACUGCUAAGGUGUACAAGUCAGGCACGAAUGUAUUCAUGUACAAGGAUCAAAAGAAUUGAGCGCAAUGAAAACGGCUCACGCUAAUCCACCUGAAAAAAUAUGUCGGUUGUGUUUAUCAGAUUCGGGGGUUAUUCUUCCCAUCUUCGAAGGAGAAGUGGCAGAACGUUUUUCUGUGCCUCUUCCUCAAAAAAUUCUGUCUUGCCUUGCCAUAAAUGUGUGUGCUGAUGAUCCACUCCCUCCCCACAUAUGUCACAGGUGCUUGUAUGAAGUAGACAGGUUUCACGAGUUUCGUGAAACCUGCAAGCGCACUAAUACUACCUUCAACAAAAUUUGUAACAACUCAGGGGAUAGCAUUCCUUUUGAUGUCAAUCAGGUUCUUGAAAUAAAACAAGAACUCCAUGAUGAAUCUAUGUACCAUGAUGCUAUCAGUGAAUUGUUGUCCGAUGAUGAAGUGGCAGAUAUCAGUUCUUCUCGCAUCAGAAAGAGGAAUAGAUGCAUUUCACUUCUUGAGUCCAUGAAACGAGUCCAGCAAGCUCAAACUGCUGUGUCUGCAAAUUCUUCUCACUCUGAUCAGCUGCCAACAGAGUGGAUGGAACAGUCUAAAACAACACAAGCAAAUGAUUCAAACGUCAGUUCUACACUUAGCAGUGCACUAGAGUGCAGAUUUUGUGCAAAGCCAUUUGUAUAUGAGAGUACACUCAUAGAGCACGAAGAACUUCAUGCUAAAGGUGUGGUGACUGACAAUGACAGUAUUGAGGAUGUGGAACAAAUUGGACAUAAAGAACAUGUGGGUCAUGAGCAGCUUGUUCCAUCUUCCACCCCGCAGCCAACUCGUCAAACUUCUACUCCUAUCCCAAUUCUUUCACCAGAUCCUGUUUCAGCUUCCGCUCCUGUCAUUCCUACCUCUGUUUCUGCUGUGGCUCCUCCCUCCAUUCCUUCUGCUGCUUCUGCUUCUUCCCCUACCGCUGAACCUUCCUCUGCCCCUGCUCCCGUUGUCGACCCAAUACCCACCCACACUUCUACAUCCUCACUCGCCCCUACUCCUGCCCUUGUCCCUGCCCCUGUCCCUGCUCCUACUCCUGCCCCUGCCCUUGUCCCUGUCCUUGCCUUGGCCCUUGCCCCUUCUCCUGCCCUUGCCCUUAGUCCUAUCGCUGCUCCUGCCACUGUUCCUACCACUGCUCCUGCCGAUGAUCCUGCCUCUGCCCCUCCCACUGCCACUAACAUUGUCUCUUCCUCUAUCUCACCCCCUUCCUCUACCCCUACCCAUAGCCUCACCCCUACCUCUACAUCUACCUCUGCCCAUGUUCCUGCUCCUACUCCCGCCCAAGCCCCCAGCUCUGUUCUCAUCCCUGCCCCUCCUUCAGCCCCUGCUCACACCUCUACCCCUACCCCUUCUUCAGUCUCUGCCCCUGCUGAAGCACCUACACCUACCAUCUCAGCUUCAGUUCUCCCUAAUCCAAAUCCUACCUCUGUGUCAACUGCUGGUCAGAUUAUUGACAACUCCAUGGUAAGUCAAGAGGAAUAUGCGGCCCAUACAGUGCCCAGUCAAGACAAUUCUCAUUCCCAACAUACCGUGGACACAGUGAGCUUGACUGAUGUAACAGCUAUGUUAUUGGAGGGUGCCUUUGAAGGUGUGAGGCCUAUCAGUAAUUCAGCUGCAAGUUUGUGCCGGUUCUGUCAAGAACCAUUCAGUGGUACUGACCUCUUGCGGAGACAUGAGCGUCUUUAUUGUAACCAGAAGCCAUCAUUAAUUAAACACAAGCAGCCAUUGCAGCCUCAACAGCAGCUCCACAUUCAACUAAAUUCUCAGCAACCUCCACAGCCUUCUGUUGAUACUCCUCUACCUACUGGAGGACACACUCAGCAUCAUUUAAUUUUGCAUCAGCAACAGUCCCAAAGCAUUGGAAACCUGCCAGCAGCUCAACAACCAACUGAGCAAGCAGACCAACAAAUAAUCUAUAGCCAAAGAGUGGUCAUUGAAGCAACGCCCAUGGAAGUACCAAGAUCAUGUAAAUAUUGUCACAAAGACUUCAUCCACAGGGGUAGCCUAUGGCGCCAUCAGAUGUUCUGUGAUGCCAACCCAGAAAAAGACCUCAAUAGAAUUGUAGCAGGAAGUAAAAAAAAAGUGGUUGUUGCAAAGAGCUGUAAUCAGAGAAAAGAUGUGCAACAGCAUAAUACCAUACCGGUUGUUGCUAAUCAUCCUAACAAUUCUGGUGGAACCCAAAUGCGUCGUGGCAGCAUAAAUCAACCUAAUUCAGGUCCACUCAAAUGUAAAUUUUGUGAGAAAAGAUUCCUUCAUCGUGGCAGUUGGUGGAGACAUCAAAAAAUGUUUUGUUCGGUGAAUCCUGAGAUACCCACAGUAAAAGCCGAGUCAAGGGUCAGAAGUGUUCAAGAAACUGCCACCUUUACCUGCAGACACUGUGAGAGAACAUUCCUACAUCGUGGAAGCUGUUGGCAUCAUGAACAAACACACACUGGCAUUAAAGAGCAUGCGUGUCGUUACUGUUCAAAGACAUUCAAUGAAAAGUCCAGACUAGCUCGUCAUGAACGGAUGCACCUUGGUAUUAAACCAUUUUCUUGCCGCCAGUGUGGUAAGGCUUUUUGUGAUGCCUCCAAUCUCAGAAAUCAUGAGCAAAUCCAUGGUGACCGAGCUUCAUUUUUGUGUGCUUGGUGUGGUAAAUCAUACACUCGCAGAGCUCUUCUUUUGAAACAUGAGCAAGUCCACGCAAGAGAAGGACAAGUUUUCCAAUGCCCUUUGUGCCCAAGAACUUUCCCAAAUCCAGAUAUAUUAAAUGAACAUACCAUGUCUCAUACCGAAGAAAAGAGACGACUAUACUUUUGUCAAACGUGUGGUCAAUCUUUCCGUUCACAGCGCUUACUCUCCCAGCAUAGUGAGCUAAACCACAACCAAGUUCACACAUCUCAGCAGACUCAGCAGGCUCUGCCAGCUCAACAGGCUUCAAUAGUCAACCAAGCCCACCUAGGUCAAGAGUGUAGUCUUCACAGCUGUACUACUUGCAACAAAUCCUUUGCAGACUUAUCUGCUUUGCGGCAGCAUGCAUUACUUCACAGCAUUGAAUCAAAACCGUAUCGGUGCUCCCAAAAUGCUUGCAAUGCUGUAUUUCAUGAACAAUCACAACUUGAAGCACAUCUUGUCUUACAUGGAAGUGAAAAGACCCAUUCAAUCACUUUAAGUACAAAUUCUAGUUUCCAGCAACAGCAGGACCAGCAACAGCAGGACCAGCAACAGCAGCAAGAUCAGCAGCAGCAACUUAUAUCUCAUGAAAUUCAACAUCAGCAUACUUUACAGCAGCAUGAAUUAAUACAUCGUGAAGAAGCCUAUGUUAUUGAAGAUCAGGAUUUGUCAGGACAAACAAUUGCUGUGCACCAUCUUGUUAGUCAAAUUCCAUAGAAAACCUUCAGCUUCCAAAAGCUUUUAAUAAUAGGUAAUGUGACAUUUUAUAUGCCCAUUGUGAUUAUAUGUUUUCGUACAGACCAGUCAUCUAACAACCAUUUUAAAAUAAUGUAAUCGAAAGUAAUAAAUAAUAAAUGGCACUCCAUUAGAGAGAGAGA